AUGGCGUCUCUGAACGACCUGCCGGACUGGGUGCUGGUGGAGAUAUUCUCGCUCCUCCCGGUGCGGGAGCGGGUCCGCAACGCCAGGGUCUGCCGCCGCUGGACGAGGCUCCUGCACGACCCUUUGAUGUGGCGACACGUUGACUUGCCACUCCAGGAGGUGCGCCCCAAGAUAGUCUGGCAUGUCCUCCGCCGCUACAUAGGGUCCAGGCUGCAGUCGCUGCACCUGCAGGGCUACCGAGUAUCACGCACCACCUUACUGGAUAUGCUCCCGGGGUUCUUCAAGGCAUUGAACAAGAAGUGCCCCCGCCUGCAGCGCCUGAGCCUGCAUCUGGCCAACCUGUUCUUCAUCCCCAUGGCAAGCCUGCCACGCACCCUGCGCCGACUGGAGAUCCACAGCUGUGACGUCUCCCAGGUCUGGAUGACAUGUAAGGAAGACGAGGGUGUGCUGCCACAUCUGGAGCAGCUGGUGCUGGAUCGAGUGCCCACCUUCCGGGACUUCCACCUGCAGCACCUCAGCAGCUUCCCGGCACUGCGCUCUCUCGUCCUGGCCGCCACCAACAGCCUUACUGAGGAGGGGCUGGGCAAAGGCCUGCAGGUGCUGAGCCACCUGCAGAGGAUCGAGGUGCUGGGCUGCACCAUCUCAGCUGACAGAGCUCUGCAGGCCAUCCGCAGUCACCUCCCUGACGUGCGCCACAUCCGGGUGACCAUCGAGGGCCUCUCCGACAGUGGCCUGAUGUUGCUGGAGGGGAUCCCCACACUGGAGAGCCUCGGUCUCUUGGCGACAACCAAUGCCUGGGACGAGUGCCCUUUUGCCACCAAACUGCUCUCCUCCUGCCUCGUGUUGACCCAGCUGAGGGUCCUAGAACUGCAGGGACAGGGCUGGGAGGGGCACGAAGCUGAGGCGAUGCUAAAGAAAGGACUGCCGAGCUGUCGGGUCAUUAUUGGGGUGGCUCUCCCCCAGACCAUGGACUGGUGGAAGUUCGUCAGCAAUCGGAAAAAGUCUAAUAAGAUUCCGUGGGAAAAGCUGUCUUCAACAAGGGUCGGAAUGCGGAAUCCAUGUGGGAAAAGGCAGAACUCUGUGGAGUGGCUAGAUCCAAAUGGCAGUGAGAAAGAUGGACAACCAAAUGUGCGCCUCUGCUGCUUUCCACAGCUGCAUUCCCUCCUCUUGGCCUGCACCUAUCUCCUCACUAGCAAGGGGCUGGAUUGGGGCCUGCUGGAGCUGAGUCACCUGCAAAGGAUCUAG